CAGAAACAGAAAACCCGAUAUUCUAUCCCAAAUAAAUUGCCUUUGUUUGUGGGAGCAUAAAGUUGUGGUCUUUCCCACGGCUUCGUGUUUCAAUGGCUCUUCAGCUUCAUGUUCCUGGUUGUUUUGGGCGCUUCAACUCAAGCGUGUGCAUGCUGCCUGCACGAAAAGUGCAUACCUUUGCUACUCUGUCACAGCCCCGAAGCGAAGCAGUGAACUGGGUUGAAGCCACUUCCAGUUUCUUCGAACAAGACAAACGACCCAUCAUGUUGUUUGACGGGGUAUGCAACUUGUGUAACGGCGGUGUAAAGUUCGUUCGUGAUAACGAUCGAAACAAGACAAUUAGAUAUGAACCCCUUCAGAGUGAAGCGGGUAAAAUGCUACUUAGGAGGUCAGGAAGAGCUCCUGAUGAUAUUUCAAGUGUUGUACUUGUUGAAAACGGCAGAUCGUACAUAAAGUCAGAAGCUGUUCUGAAGAUCAUGGAAUACAUAGACUUGCCCUUUCCCCAGCUAGGAUUUCUUCUUCAAUUUGUGCCUCUGUUUGUCAGGGAUUUUGUUUAUGACAAUGUUGCAAACAAUCGUUACAUGAUUUUUGGUCGCUCUGAAGCAUGUGAAUUAUAGAAGCAUCAUCUUGGCAUGAAUACUGGUGAUAACAGUAAUGUCCUAAGUUCAAAAACAAGGAUUCUUUCUUGUUGAAGUCCGAUCAAGUUGUCCUAAAUCUUUCAGUUGAAGUCUCUGUGUACUGUAUAGUAUCCUGUUUUACCUUGAUAAAUUAAAUGUUUUAUUAGAUAUAAGAGAGCGUAGACUAUCAAUUCAUGACAAUAUUUUCUGUCCCAAAUGAUUUUGCAAUUUCAAUG